CAACACGAAUGGAUUGAAAAUCAAUAUUUUCAGGGAAUAAACCCUUUAGACGUGAAAUGCUGCUACACUAGCUAGAUAUGAAGUAAAAAUUUACAUGUUUACCCAGGUGUACAUGAGGAAGUUUAAAUGGAAAGAUUGCAAAAAUCCUCAAAAUGUGAAAGUUGCAAGUAUAGUUGACCAGGAAUUGUUCAGGGAAAAUAUAGUCUUUGUCACUGGAGUAAAUGGUCGGCUAUAUCAGUAUAACAAAGUGACUGAGCUGUGGCAUGAGCAUUAUCAGUCUCAACAUUUGAUUCUGUCCCAGUUUCCUGGAACAGUCAUAAGACCAUCAACAAAAUCACUCUCAGGUUCUCUCUUCAUGCUUUCAAGAGAAGGUGGUCUUGUUGAGUACCAGUGGAAUACUUGGUAUGGAUGGAACUGGGUAGAACAUGGCACACCUUAUAAAGGUGUUACACUGGUUGGUUCACCUGGUCCUAGCUUUGAAGGCAAUCAACUACUUUUGAUAGGCUCAGAUGGUAAAGUAUAUCUGAGAUACAUGGACAACAGUGCAUGGAAGUGGAAGGAUUGUGGUUUCCCCAAUAUGGGAAAUAAAAUUGUUGAAGCACAUAGUGGAAGAUUCAAUGAGGAGAAACCAGAUCAGAUUGAUGGAAAUUGUGCAUCUGGCUUGAACAAGGACCAGGAUAACAUUGUUGGCCUCAGCUUAAAUUGUGAACCAAAGGUGGCAUCCACAAGACCAAUUCCAUUUUCUGAAGGUUCUGUCAUAUUUGAGCUCAGAGAUGGCAGGUUAGCAGAAUUACAACUUGAAGAGGAGAAAGAAUGGACUUGGUCACGGAUAAUUGGCACUCCAAAUAGUUUAUGCUUGGAAAAUCAUUGGAUUACACUUGCAUCAUCAUAGCAUCGUCUGCAAUCUCUCACCACAUGACAGGGAUCUUAUCACAAGCACUUGGUGUACUGACAAACAUUCUUGUUAACAGCUUAACUCCUCCAGAGGCUGAAAUAGUUGUGAUGUGCAGCUGAAAAGCCCGGGGAGAAAAGCCAUCUGAACAAAUAUGUUAAAAAAAUAUAAACAUCAAAUAGAUAAUAUAUAAAAUGCAUAUUUAGAUUAACUUGUUUCUAUAAAAACAGUGUUGUUUGCUAUAAUCUAAAAUCUAUGACUUAUAAAUAAUGUGUUGUUUGCUAUAAAAACACUGCCAAAGAGAUGAAUAGGAAUACAUCAGAAGCUUUUUUACCGAUCUGAGUAAAUGUGUUUCUUAAAUUACGAAAAUGGUGCAACUUUAAAAAAAAAUUGAAGUUGGGCAAGCUUGUCAAUGGCACGACAUCACGAAGAUGAA